AUGAUUAAUGGUUUUUGUUGUUGUCAUAGUGGUUUUAAUGAAAACAUUAAAAAUUUUAAAAUUUACAGCAAUAACAAUAACAACAACAAUAACAAUAAAAUUUAUUUAAUUUUAAUUUUAAUAUUAUCAAUUUAUAUUAAAGAUUGCAAUGGGCAGGUAAGACCAGAAUUACCAAGGAAUAGACCACCACCUAUUACAACAUUAGCAUGUAGUCUCAAUAGUUGUUCAGAACAAGGCGAACCAUGUAGUUUUAAUUUAUCAAGUGGUUCAAGUGGAUUUACAUGUUAUGUUGCAGAUCGUUGUAAAAAUGGGACAUGUGUACCAAGUUUACAACAGGGCGAAGUAUGUAUAGAUAGUGAUGAAUGUAAUUUAGGUUACUCAUGUGUUACAGAGUUAUCAAAUCUCUCAUUUACACUACCCAAUAAAACCAAAACUUGUGAACCUUCUUUCUUUUCUGAAUAUGGUGGCCCUUGUAGGCGUGCAACAGAUUGUUUAAAUAGUUUAGAUUGUAUUAAUGGUACUUGUAGUACUCCACUUUAUGGUUGUUUGUCUGAUUUAUCUUGUGAUAGAAAUUCAAUUUGUGUUAAUGCAACAUGUGUUUAUAGACCUUUAGGUGAAAAUGAAUGUUAUAUGUCAAGAUCAUUUGAUUGUAAAAAUACAUAUAAUCCAUGUACUUUAAGUAGUUUAAAUGUUUCAUCAAUAGGUGUUUGUUUAGAGUAUAUACCAUUGGGAAAUCCUUGUUUAACUACAAAAUAUUCUUGUGAUUGGAGAACUGGCCAGGUUUGUAGACCCCUAUUUCUUGGAUCAAUAGUUGGUAGAUGUGUAGUUGUACCAGAUGAUCCAAUUAUUUCAUGUGUAACAGCUUCAAAUUGUAGACCUUAUGAAUUUUGCAAAUGUGAUUCACAAUCUGGAGUUGGAUAUUGUGUAAAGAGAACAUUUUUCGCAGGGAAAUAUUGUAGACAAGCAUUUAUAUUAUUUCUUGACUGUUAUAGAACAACAAAUUGUACUCAACCAUUUUCAUUUAAUCCAACAUCAUGCAUAUUAAGAAGUCAUUGUAAAGAAUUGGCAAUUUGUGUUGCAUCAUUUUGUACUGAACCUUUAUUACCAAUUUCAUUAUGUGUGAGUAGAACUUGUGAAUUAUCAAUUUUUAAUGACUCUAGUGUUAGAACAAUACUUUCAUCUUCAUUUAAUGAUCAUAUUAUAAAACCUUGGAAAUAUUUUAAAAUAAUAUUAUUAUUUUUAUUUUUAAUUAUAUAA